AAAUUUACAUAACGUCUCAGAUAUAUUUGUAAUGGGUGGCUGUUUAAUACUUGAAUGUCUGGUAUUACUACACUGGUGCGAGCGAAAUGGUUUUGGGCCAUUAGGAAUUACUGGGCUGUCGAUGGGCGGUCAUAUGGCUUCUUUAGCUGCUACAAAUUGGCCAAAACCAAUUGUAUUAGUUCCAUGUUUGUCAUGGUCAACUGCAUCUACAGUUUUUACGACGGGUGUAAUGAGCCAAUCAAUAAAUUGGGACAUGCUGGAAACACAAUACUUUUCGGAUGGUAAAUAUUGUGAACGCCUUUCGAAAAUGGUAACGGUUAUUGAUGACGCGUUUACAGCAGGCCAAACUUUUAUCAAAAAUUUUAACCAAUCGUUAAGUGAGUUAAAACAAGAUAUUCAGGACACAUCGCAUGCUUUUGGGAAAAAUGUGAUAUCUAAUAAAAAAGAUAUAAAAUCAUUUAGGAACAACAACAAGGCUGAAAACUAUGUAUUUACUAAUUUAAUGAAGCAUAUUCUUCCGAAAAGCAAUCAAAAUGCUUACGAAAACAUCGGUUUUAUGAAAACUAAUUGGUGGGAACGUGAAGCCUUGCAAUUUAUGAGAGGUAUUAUGGACGAAUGUACCCAUUUAAAGAAUUUCUCAGUACCAGUAGAUACAUCUCUGAUAAUUGUUGUAUGUGCUAAAGAUGAUGCCUAUGUUCCUCGGGAAGGAUGUUCAAGCUUAGAGGACAUUUGGCCCGGCGUUGAAAUACGAUACCUGGAUGCUGGUCACGUUAGUGCUUACGUACUGCAUCAAAAACUGUUUCGAUCAUGUAUAAUUGAGUUAUUUAAGAAGUCUAUUACAAAACUCUAUGAAGAAAACAAAAAUAGUCUUCAAGAUGUAAGUUCUAACUUGUCAUAUCAACAGUUACUUGACAGAUAUGCUGAAAAUUGUAAAAACUAGUUAAAAAUAAAAUACUAAUUACUUGUUUUUAUGCUAUAAUACUGGCUCAGGAGACGUUAUUCUGACUUUUUAUUAAUUUUUUUGACUUAUAAUUAUAUUUUAUAAACAUAUUAUUUCUUCAAAUAAACAGUUGUAUUAAAACGUCAAUUAACAUGAAGAUUAGUUUGCUGGUGCAGUAACAAAAUCAAAUGUUAUUGAUAUUAUAGCUUUUACAUAUUGUUUAA